AUUUACUUUACCGGUACAGACCCUCUGUGGCUAAGGGAUCCUUAACAGAACCCGAUAGGAUAGCCCGCCUCCAAUCGGCCGUUUCACAAACAGAAGACACUGGACAUGGAGCUACUGGAGAGCGUCCCUUAUCUGGACCAGCUACUGGACUUUCUCAAGGGGAAGGAGGAAUGGUUACCUAGGAGUCUCACCGGUCGGGCUGUUCUAGUGGGAACAAUUGCCGGAGUAACCAUUUAUCUGAUCAGCAAGAAGAGGUACAAUCUACCCCCUGGACCCCGAGGAUGGCCAUUACUUGGGAACCUCCUAGAGUUCAGGAACAAAACUAUCUACGAGAAGUUGACGGAGUGGAAGGCUGAGUAUGGUCCAGUUGUGAAGUUCAAUAUGGGACAUAUGACAAUGAUCGGACUGAACAAUAUCGACGUCGUGAUGGAGGCGCUGGUUAAAAGACAGGCUGAUUUUGCAGGGCGGCCCGAGUCAUAUACCGCGAACCUCUUUAGUGAUGGAGGGAAGAAUAUCGUCUUCGGUGACUACAGCCCUACUUGGAAACUACACAGGAAGUUGGCAACAAAGGCAUUGAAACACUACAUGACUGGUAACCACCUCGACGAGGGGAUAGAGCGCUCACUGACCAAAGGCAUCGCGAUGAUAAAGGAGAUUAAGGGGCCCUUCAAUCCUCAUCACGCUGUCUCCCUCAUUGUGUUCAACAUCAUCAACAAUAUCUGCUUCAAUUUCACAUGCGAGGUCAGUGACAACUACUUCAGAAAUAUGCUGCAUGUUCUGAAUAUCUUUGUGGAAGACACCGGCAACGGCUUUCUUGAGGACGUAAUUCCACCUCUCCGUCUCUAUCACACCAAGAAGCUUAGAACUAUCCUGAAAGAAUUGGGUAUAUUCUUUGCUUCACUGAAUGGAGAAAUUGACAAACAUCGACGGACCAUACGUAAAGAUAACAUCCGUGAUUUCUGUGAUGCCAUGUUGCUGGCUCAAGAAGAAGCCUAUCAGGAGGAAGGCCCGGAUGUGAUGUCACAAAUGACUGACGCCCAUAUCACUCAAACUCUGUCUGAUAUAUUUGCCGCUGGGAUGGACACCUCUCGCUUCACCCUGCUGUGGACCCUACUUGCCCUGGCAGAACAUCCAGACAUUCAAAACAAGCUUCACUCUGAGAUCGACGACGCACUGGGUGAACGUCAAUUCCCCAGUGUAUCAGACAGGAGUAGUCUCCCUUACACUGACGCUGUGCUGCACGAGAGUAUGAGGCACCACACUGUGGUACCAAGCGGACUUCCCCAUAAAGCACUGUGCGAUACGAAAGUCGGUGGUUAUGACAUUCCAAAAGGAACAACCUUGGUCAUCAACCACUACGCGCUGCAUCAGGAUCCAGAGCAAUGGAGUGACCCGCAUAUAUUCAAUCCAGAUCGGUUCCUUGACCAGAAUGGCAAGAUGGCUACCAAACCAGAGAGCUGGCUUCCGUUCUCCGCGGGAAGAAGAGUUUGUCUCGGAGAGAGCGUGGCCAAGCCGGAACUGCAUCUUCUGCUGGCUGGAAUCAUGAGGCAUUUCAAAGUGUCCCUCCCACCUGGAGCUAAGGUGAACACAGAGCCACGUGGAGGAUCUUUCGCAAACGUACCACAGGAUUAUGAACUCACCUUUGAAUCGAGACUAUAGAUGACAUGCAUUAAUCCAGUUGUGAGUUGUAGUUUAAUGUUCCAGCUUCAUGAAAUCAGCCUGCAAACAGACAGCCUCAAAUCCUAACCAAUCCAUUCUUAAUAGUCCUUGGUAUCCUGAGCAUUUGAUAUACAAAUCCAACCUGUAAAAUAUAUGAUCACUGUUAUGUUUGUAUUGAGAUAUAUAUGGACAUUUUUUGACGCCCAAGUAUCAAGUGAUGUGUGGUCCUGUGCAUAGAGCUCAGGUCACAAAACAGUUGAAAUUAAGCAACGCUGGGCGCCGAGAGUACUUCGAUGGAUGACAGCAUGUGUUUAACAGCGUUUUUGGCAGCUUGACUCCUGAGAGUUUCUAAGAUUUCAGUCCUGACCAACAACGAAGCGCAUGUGAUACAUAUGCUCUCACCUUAGGGAAGUGAGGUUAUGUAUAACAUUCUAGCGCCUAAGGUAGCUUGGGGUAUCCGGUGUAAUAAUAUCUUAGCGCGUGCUUGCGAGCGUGGAUAUGUGCGCUUUAUAAAUAUGCACUAUUCUUUAUUAUCAAAUGUCUGUCAUCUCUAUAAUUUAUUUACAUUGUUAACAUAUGCAAGAUAGAACUGACGCAGAAUAACAUAUGACUACGAUAAUUCGAAUGCAUAUCCGAACCUCUGAUGACAAGUCCUACGAUGAUUUGCGAAAUAUAGACCGACGUUUUAAUGCCAUGUUGAUCUUCUUUACAACACGAAUUCUUGUUUGAUUCAUGGAUAAUUGAAGGUGAUGGAAAUGCUGAUAACUUCAUACAGAGAUUUUCUGUGAACCAUUGCUAUUUCAAUUACUUUGUGUUUUGCUCCCUAUGGAAUAUGCUUCUUCCGCAGACUGAUUCCUCUACAGCGGUGGGGUAGCCUAGUCGAUAAAUCGUUCGCUCGUCACGCCGAGGUCCCGGGUUCGAUUCCCUACAUGGGUACAAUGUGUGAAGCCAAUUUCUGGGGCCACCGCCUUGAUAUAGCUGGAAUAUUGCUUAAAGCGGCGUAAAACCAUACUCACUCACUCUCCAAUGGCGAUGUUUUGAAUGGCCAUAUACACACAGCAAUGAAAUCAAACUCACAGUUUUCUGUCAAACUGUAUGGUCACUAAAGUUCGAAUCUUAACUAAGUUGUAAGGAAAAUUCUCAUAAGAAUGGCAGUUAAUCUUCAUUGUCGGCAUACAGUUUCCAGAUUUAGAAACCGGUCUUUUGUAAGACCUUAUUUAACAUUAUCGGUUAUUCUGUUUUGAUUAUUUUUAAAAUGCUUGCUUAUAGGUAUACAUGCAAAAAAACAAUAUACUAUUAUAGUUACUGUAUCAAUUCCAAGCAAUUUAUAUGCAAAAGUGAAAACGUUUUUUUACAAUGAGUAUAUUUAACCAGAGAUGCAUCGUUUUCUUCGUUUUCAGUACUUAACUGUUUUUGUAAUGCUUUUUAUUUCGAUUAUUACUUUUGAUACAAAUAUGUAGCAGUUUUGACCAUGUGGCCUUAUAUUCUGAAUAAAGACUCUUUAAUUGUU